UUAGUUGCUGAAAUACUCACAAUAAAAACUAUACUUGAACGGCGAAAAAAGGUUAUUAUUAUCUUACCCUUUGUGUCUAUAGUUAGAGAAAAAAUGUUUUAUUUGCAAGAUAUAUUGUCCAGUUGUGGAAUAAGAGUUGAGGGUUUCAUGGGCUCCCAAGCUCCACCAGGCGGUUUUCAGGCAGUCCACCUAGCUAUUUGUACUAUAGAGAAAGCUAACAGCUUGAUAAAUAAACUUUUAGAUGAAGGUAGUAUAUCAGAGCUGGGUGCAAUUAUUGUUGAUGAGUUACACCUGCUUGGAGAUUCUCAUAGAGGAUACAUAUUAGAACUGUUACUUACUAAAAUUAAAUAUAUAACUUCCAAGUCAGAUUUUCAAACUCAGAUUGUUGGCAUGUCUGCUACUCUACCGAAUUUGGAGUUAUUGGCCCAAUGGUUGGGUGCAGAGUUAUUUGUUACUGAUUAUAGACCUAUUCCUCUAGAUGAGUUCUGUUUAGUAGGCAACAAAUAUUAUGAUAAGGACAGGAAUGUUAUUAAUGUUGUUAACAGUUUUAAUAAUUUGUGUGUUGAAAAUGAUAAUGUAUUAAACAUUUGCUUAGAUACAAUCAAGGAAGGUUGUUCCAUUCUUAUCUUUUGCUUGACCAAGAAUAGAUGUGAAAACUUAGCACAAACUAUAUCAUCAUCAUUUAAUAAACUUGGAUGUGCGGGCGGUGAAAUGGGUUGUAUAUUGAGAAAGCAAUUAAGUGUAGAAUGCAUUACAGAAGUGCUGGAACAACUUAAGAACUGUCCGGUAGGAUUAGAUGAUUUUUUAAAAAGAACAAUAUCAUUUGAGUUGCAUAUCAUCAUGCUGGACUGACAUUUGAUGAAAGAGAUAUUAUUGAAGGUGGUUUUAAAUCUGGGGCGAUAAGAGUUUUAGUUGCUACAUCAACAUUGAGUUCUGGUGUCAAUUUACCUGCCAGAAAGGUAAUAAUCAGGUCACCAGUUUUUCAAAGGCAACCUAUUAACAUACUGAGUUAUAAACAAAUGGUUGGUAGAGCUGGUAGAAUGGGCAAGGACACAAAAGGUGAAAGUAUACUUGUCUGUAGUGAGGCAGAGAAGCAAAUUGGGUUUGAUUUGAUGACAGGUGAAUUAGAACCCGUGAGGAGUUGUAUAGAAAGUGAAGAUAAAUUUAUGAGAGCGGUUCUAGAGAUGAUAGCAAGUCAAGUGGUUUGCACAAAAGAGGAAUUAGAUCUAUAUGCCAAAUGUACUUUAUUAUACAACCAGUAGGAUGCUACCUCAUCAAAGAAUUUUCUUCUUGAAAACACUCUGGAUGAAUUGAUAAACUUUGAACUGAUAAGAUGUCAGGAUGAAGAGGAUGUAAAACAUUAUGUUGCAACACCUUUGGGUAAAGCCUGCCUUUCAUCAUCAAUGGCACCGAAUGAUGGUCUGUCACUGUUUUGUGAGCUACAAAAGGCCCGACAGUGUCUAGUGCUAGAAACAGAUCUUCAUUUAAUUUACUUAGUGACUCCGUACAGUGUCAGCAGCCAAUGGAGUAAUAUUGAUUGGUUGCACUUGUUGACAUUGUGGGAAUCUUUGACAAAAGCUAUGAAAAGGGUGGGAGAGCUGGUGGGAGUACAGGAGAGUUUUAUUAUACGUAAUUUAAGAGGAGGCAAUAAAAUCAAGAGUGAUCAAAAUAAAUUAAACAUACAUAAAAGAUUUUACACAGCCUUGGCUUUACAAGAUCUAGUGAAUGAAGUACCACUAUCUGAGGUUGCAGUAAAAUUUCAAUGUGCUCGAGGAUUUUUACAAAGUCUUCAGCAGGCAGCAGCUACUUUUGCAGUGCUUUGUUGUAGGUAUGGUGACAGCUUUUUGUCGGCAAUUGGGUUGGAAAAACAUGGAAAUGUUAAUAUCACAAUUUCAGGACCGUUUACAUUUCGGUAUUCACUCUGAAUUACUCGAGUUGAUGGGGCUGCCGUCUUUAAACGGCAAAAGGGCGCGUACCUUAUUUGAUGCGGGCUAUGAAACAAUCUCUAGUAUUGCUUUAGCUGAUAUAAAUGUAAUUGAAAAUGUAUUACUUAAAUCUGUUCCGUUUGAAAGCGAGAAAGAGAGAGAAGGUGAUGACGAUAGUGAAGUAAAAAAACGUAACAAAAUAAAAAACAUCUGGGUGACUGGUUAUUGUGGAAUGACUGCAAAGGAAGCCGCUUUAAACCUUAUUGUUGAAGCUAGAAAUUAUUUAGAAAAAGAAAUUGGUGUUAGCAAUAUUAAGUGGACUAAUGAAAUAAAUUGUACACAAAUUCCGCUAGGUGUAAAUGAAAUAAAUGAACUGAAUGAGGAAAAAUCAGAUGAUAAAAUGAUUCCCAAAGUUUAUAGAAAUUGUUCAAUUAUAGAAAAUGAAGAAUCAAAUAUUUUGCCAAACAAAUCUAGUCAAAGCAAUAAUGUUAAUGAAGUACUUUGUGGUUCCUCUAAACACCCUAUUGGAAAAAAUCCGAAUAAUUAUUCCCUACUUGAACACAAGCCUCCAAAAGACAAAAAUGUACUUGAGAAUUUAAAUAAUGAAAUAUUGGAAAUGAAAUGUACUCCUACCCUUGAAAAUAUUAGAAACUGUGAUAGUAAAAGCCAAUGUUCCGGAAAAAAAGAUGAUAUUAUAUGGGAUUCUUUAAACCUUACUGAGGCGGCUCUUGAAAAUAUUACAAAACUACGUACUCCGAAUACAAUGUUUUCGCCGAAUAUAAGUUUCGGUGAGACAGAUGAUAAAACUGAAGCUUCUGAGAAUCAGGUCGAUAGUACCGACAAAAUAACCCCAUCUAAGAGUACGUCUACCAAAGAUGUGAGUUUGUUUUCCUCCGAUGGCGAUACUUCUAGCAUUUUCAACGAUAGUCUGCCAAUAGAUUUAAUUCCUAGUAAAUUGCUUGAUAAUAAAAACAAUUUACCUAUCAACCAUCAAAUUGCUUUGGAUUUGGAAGUUAUUAAUUCUGAAUCCAUUCUUAACGCUUUUAAAUCUACGUUAGUCCCAGUUGACGAUGAUGAAGAUAUUAAAUUAGUUUAUGAAGAAGAUGACGAUGAAAAUAAAGAAACCAAUAAAUGUUUAAACGUGUCUGAUGAUAUCGAAGUAAUAGAGACACAGGACAUAAAUUUAACUGUAAAAGAAAAUCAUUUUAAAAGCCCUUUUAAACGUCCACCUCAAAAUCCUAAAAACACUACUCAACCAGUUUCAAAGAAGAAGAAAACUGAUAGAUUACAAACAGUGAGAAGAAUGAAAUGUCCAUUAUUUAAAAUAGUUACAAAUUUUGAAAAAUCAAAGAAAUAUACUAUAGGGAUAAGUACAUAUAAAUUAAAUUGCUUUUUAUUAAAAGAAAAUGAUAUUUACGAUAAUAUACAUGUGAUUGAAAAUCUUAAAAGAGCAUCGAUUUAUUUAAAUGUUAAAAGUUCUGUUUUACCGUCAAAUGAAAUUAUAGGGAGAAGCAUAUUGAACUUCAAACCUCAUCUAGAAGACUUAAACCCAUGUGCCAUACAAGGCAUAGCUGUUUAUUUUGAACCAAUGACGUGCUUGUACUUUGACUUGCGAGGACUUGAGGGUGAUAUUUCUGUAUUUAAGAAAAGAUUGUCAUCGUGGUUACGUAAAGAUAUUACGUUGAAAUUGUUAUCACUAAAAACUUUAAAUUUUCACAUAAAAAGGUGGCUCGGUGUCGAUAUACAGGCCUCUUGCGUGGAUAUUUCGCUUUCUGAGUGGUUAAUAGAUAGCGAUGAAAAGAUACCAAAUAUUGCGUAUUUAAUGAAGAAAUACUGCAAAAUAGACUUAUCCACAAUUUCAGUAAAGAUAGACAAUCGACAAAAGAAAUUCAGGAACUUAGAUGUAUUUGAAGACAUGUGUAUAAAAGGAUGGUCGGUGGGAAUGAUUGCAGACCAACAAGAACAAUAUUUGCGUAAUCAUCUUCAGCAAAUGAUUGAUAUCGAAAUUCAAGUUUCAAAGAUUCUCGCCAACUGCGAGCAUCACGGUAUCACGGUGGAUAAAGAUCUCACGUCUAGACUUUUGAUUGAUGUAAGAAAUUCGCAGGAAAUUCUGCAAAAGAAGGCAUUUAAACUGUGCGGGUAUCAUUUUAACUUUAAUUCAUCAAAAGAUGUUGCUAAGGUUUUAGGUAUAAACAACGGUAUUCGUAAAGUGAGUACGAAAAAAAGUGUAUUAACGUCGCAUCACAGUCCCAUGGCGAGCAUUGUUAUAUAUUGGAGGAAACUCAAUUCAAUUCUGACCAAAACACUAUAUCCGUUAACUGAGAAGGCGUGUAUAUACACCGAAGGGGAUAG